AUGUCGGAAAAUCCGAUGUUGAGGCAACGGAAUUGCAGGGCGAAAGGUGGGUCUCCAGGUUUUAAGGUGGCGAUAUUAGGUGCGGCCGGAGGUAUAGGGCAGCCGCUCGCAAUGCUCAUGAAGAUGAAUCCUUUAGUCUCGGUGCUUCAUCUUUACGACGUCGUUAAUGCCCCCGGCGUCACCGCCGACAUCAGCCACAUGGACACUGGUGCUGUUGUGAGGGGUUUUCUUGGGCAACCACAACUUGAGAGUGCUCUUACAGGGAUGGACCUUGUCGUAAUCCCAGCUGGCGUGCCGAGAAAGCCCGGGAUGACCCGGGACGACCUUUUUAACAUCAAUGCCGGCAUUGUUAAGACAUUGUGUGAAGGCAUUGCCAAGUGCUGUCCUAAUGCUGUUGUCAAUCUCAUCAGUAAUCCCGUGAACUCUACGGUCCCAAUUGCGGCUGAGGUUUUCAAGAAAGCCGGGACUUACGAUCCCAAGAAGCUCUUGGGGGUCACCAUGCUUGAUGUUGUGAGAGCCAAUACUUUUGUGGCUGAAGUUAUAGGACUUGAUCCAAGGGAGGUUAGUGUCCCUGUGGUUGGAGGUCAUGCAGGAGUGACCAUUUUGCCCCUCCUCUCGCAAGUGAAACCAGCUUGUUCUUUUACUCCAGAGGAAACCGAGUACCUCACAAAACGCAUUCAAGAUGGUGGAACAGAAGUAGUUCAGGCAAAAGCAGGUGCAGGCUCGGCAACUCUAUCAAUGGCAUAUGCAGCUGUAAAAUUUGCUGAUGCAUGCCUUAGAGGCUUAAGAGGCGAUGCUGGCAUUGUCGAAUGUGCUUUUGUAGCUUCACAGGUCUGGAGUAGCAGGGAGGGAUGGCAGCCGAAGGCGACCGCCGACCGGCGUCGCACCGCCACCGAGGAAGGCAAUCGAUUCAGAAGAGAGAGGCGUUGUCGGGCUUCUUUUUUUCGCGAGAGGAAGAAAGGAGAAUCUAUAUUUCUUUAG